UUCUCGGCCUUUUUGGAUCUACACAGUGGAAGUUGCAUCUUGUGUAUGGCGUGGUUAAGCUUGCAGCCUCUCACCUCAGCCUUCCUCCAUUUUGGGCUGGUUACUUUUGUGCUGUUUUUGCAUGGUUUGCAGGUGGAUGCUGGCCUGACGGGAGACUCAACCAGUUCAGUACAAAACAGCUCGUGUUCAGGAUCUUUUGACUGCAAGGAAGGUGUUAUCCUGCCAAUAUGGUACCCAGAAAAUCCAUCCCUUGGGGACAAAAUUGCCCGUGUUAUUGUAUACUUUGUAGCACUGAUCUACAUGUUCCUUGGAGUCUCCAUCAUUGCAGAUCGUUUCAUGGCAUCUAUAGAGGUCAUUACAUCGCAAGAGAAAGAAAUCACGAUUAAGAAACCCAAUGGAGAGACCACAACAACAACCAUUCGGAUUUGGAAUGAAACUGUUUCCAACUUGACUCUCAUGGCUCUGGGCUCCUCUGCUCCUGAGAUCCUUCUGUCUUUGAUAGAAGUGUGUGGGCAUGGAUUCGUAGCUGGAGACCUGGGGCCGUCUACAAUUGUUGGCAGUGCUGCCUUCAAUAUGUUUAUCAUCAUUGCCAUCUGUGUCUACGUGAUCCCUGAUGGGGAAACCAGAAAGAUAAAACACCUGAGAGUUUUCUUUGUCACAGCUGCUUGGAGCAUCUUUGCUUACAUCUGGUUGUACAUGAUCCUUGCUGUCUUCUCUCCAGGUGUGGUUCAGGUUUGGGAAGGUCUGCUCACGCUUUUUUUCUUUCCACUUUGUGUUCUUCUGGCUUGGAUAGCAGACAGGCGCCUGCUUUUCUAUAAGUAUAUGCACAAAAAGUACCGUACUGACAAGCACAGGGGCAUUAUCAUAGAAUCAGAAGGUGAUCACCCUAAGGGAAUUGAGAUGGAUGGCAAGAUGAUGAACUCCCACUUUCUGGAUGGAAACUUAGUGACUGUGGAGGGGAAAGAGGUAGAUGAAUCUCGCAAAGAGAUGAUCCGGAUCCUUAAGGAUCUGAAGCAGAAACACCCAGAAAAGGAUUUGGACCAGCUGGUAGAAAUGGCUAACUACUAUGCCUUGUCACAUCAGCAGAAGAGCAGAGCCUUUUAUCGCAUUCAGGCUACCAGAAUGAUGACAGGGGCUGGCAAUAUCCUGAAGAAGCAUGCAGCUGAGCAAGCCAAGAAGAGCACCAGCUUGCACGAAGUGAGGCCGGAUGAGCCUGAGGAAUUCAUCUCCAAAAUUUAUUUUGACCCAUGUUCCUAUCAGUGUCUCGAGAACUGUGGUGCCGUUCUCCUGACGGUGGUGCGGAAAGGAGGGGAUGUGUCCAAGACCAUCUAUGUGGACUAUAAAACUGAGGAUGGCUCUGCCAAUGCUGGUGCUGACUAUGAGUUCACAGAGGGGACUGUUGUCUUGAAAUCAGGGGAGACCCAGAAGGACUUUGCGGUGGGAAUUAUUGACGAUGACAUCUUUGAGGAGGAUGAACAUUUCUUUGUGCGUCUCAGUAACCUCCGUGUGGUGGACAAUGAGGAACCUCCAGAGCUCGGUAACUCCCCAUACCCAAAGGCCAUACUGGCUUCUCCUUGUGUGGCCACAGUGACUAUCUUGGAUGAUGACCAUGCUGGCAUCUUCACGUUUGAGUGUGAUGUUAUACAUGUCAGUGAGAGCAUUGGUGUGAUGGAAGUCAAAGUCCUAAGGACAUCAGGUGCUCGGGGUACAGUCAUAGUGCCAUUUAGGACAGUAGAAGGAACAGCAAAAGGAGGUGGAGAAGACUUUGAAGACGCUUACGGGGAGCUGGAGUUCAAGAAUGAUGAAACUGUCAAAACAAUUCACAUCAAAGUAAUUGAUGAUGAGGAGUAUGAAAAAAACAAGAGUUUCUUCAUUGAGCUGAUGAGCCCCCGCAUGGUGGAUAUGAGUUUACAGAAAGCUCUGCUGCUCACCCAAGAAGUGGCCGAGAGGAAGCUGACAGUUGAAGAAGAGGAAGCCAAGAGGAUUGCAGAGAUGGGCAAACCAAUACUUGGCGAACACCCCAAACUAGAAGUCAUCAUUGAGGAGUCCUAUGAGUUCAAGAGCACUGUGGACAAGCUCAUUAAGAAGACAAACCUAGCUUUGGUUGUAGGGACACAUUCCUGGAGGGACCAGUUUUUGGAGGCCAUCACCGUCAGUGCAGCGGGUGAUGAAGAUGAGGAUGAGUCUGGGGAAGAGCGCCUGCCAUCCUGCUUCGACUACGUGAUGCACUUCCUGACUGUCUUCUGGAAGGUGCUGUUUGCCUGCGUGCCCCCCACCGAGUACUGCAAUGGCUGGGCCUGCUUCGUUGUUUCCAUCCUCAUCAUUGGCAUGCUCACAGCUGUCAUCGGUGACCUCGCCUCCCACUUCGGCUGCACCAUCGGCCUCAAGGACUCGGUGACCGCCGUUGUGUUUGUAGCCUUCGGCACCUCCGUACCAGACACCUUCGCCAGCAAAGCUGCAGCCAUCCAGGACGUGUAUGCCGACGCCUCAAUCACCAACGUCACAGGCAGCAACGCCGUCAACGUCUUCCUGGGCAUUGGGCUGGCAUGGUCGGUGGCAGCAAUCUACUGGGCGUCACAGGGGCAGGAGUUCCAGGUGUCAGCCGGCACCCUGGCCUUCUCUGUCACCCUCUUCACCAUCUUCGCCUUCAUCUGCAUCAGCGUUCUCCUCUACCGUCGGCGGCCCCACCUCGGGGGAGAGCUGGGCGGUCCCCGGGGUUGCAAACUGGCCACGACGUUGCUCUUUGUCAGCCUGUGGCUGCUGUACAUCCUCUUUGCCACCCUGGAGGCCUAUUGCUACAUCAAGGGGUUUUAGGCGGCGGAGAGACGGUGCCGCCGAGGGAGGGACCCCCUCCUCCAUUACCUCACCGGACACCGGCCCUGGAUGCACGGUUUCAGCAGGAGGGACGGCUGUCAGCCCGCCGCCCUGACGGCUGGGUACCGGGAUGGGCAGAUCUAUCACGGGGCGAAAAAGAAAUCCACAAAAACCACCCCAAAAAUGAUGCAAAAGAAAAGAAAGCAACAAUGGCAAGUGUUUAAAAGAACAAAAUGAAGUGAACCCAGCCACUGACCCCAGUUGAUGUGACUAAGAAGUCUCAGCCAUCUCCCACGGCCACCUCUCCCACAGGUUCGUUUCCUCUGCUCCAGAGCACCCCUCCGCUGUAAGGAGAUGCUUUCUUGUUUUUUCUCUUUAGGAAUUGCAGAAGUCUGAUAGGAAAUUUGAGUUAUUUUUUUUCUUUUGCCUAUUGCUUUUUAGUUUGGGGGGGGGGGAGGCACACGGCUUGAUUUUUUUAUUUCAUUUUAUUUUUUUACUACUUAGAAAAAUGUUAGAAGUUUAAAAUCUAAAGCUUCAAGCUGCCGUCAGUGCUGGAAUCGAAGGUGUACUUUUUGAAGCCACAACAGACUCUGACACUGUCAAAGAACUUUUUCACUCUCACAGGUUUCCUCCCCCGCCUCCAUCCAUUUCUUUCUUUUUUAAGAGCAUCACAGGACUGAUAUAUUUUUAAUACAGACACACACGUACACACACACACACACCAGUUCAGUGACGAAGGCUGAAGCAUGUAGCAUCUCAAUCACCUGCCUGGGCUAAGAAAAAAAAAAAAAAAGGAGGAAAAACAAAAACCAACCAACCCUCUAAUAUAAUAUGUAUCAUGUAUAUUUUGACUAUGGUAUUUCUCUUUGUAUAAUUAACUUCGAGCUUGUGGUACUGCAGGAAGAGAAAAUGAUGUUAAUGGGCGAGAGGUAGCAAAAUGAACAGGGGCACAGUCACAGCCUGCCAAGGGACUGAGGGGCCUGAGAGGUGGCAUGGGCUGCCCAAGAUGGCGCCAGUGGCACAGCCCUGUCCUGUAGGCCUCACUGGACAUGGGAGUGAAUCCCAGUGGGUAACACGCUGCUCUGGUGUAUCGAAGUGAGCAGGAAGCCUCCCUGUGUCUCUCACAACUCUCUCAGCGUUGUCCUGCUUGAGGUUGAGGUUAGGUUUAAACAUGCAGGUUGGUGAACAGGAAGGGGUCCCUGCCCACCCGUCACCCCCCUCACGCUCCAUGGAAAGGGCCGGGCUUCAAACUGCCACCCACCCGCAGUCCUGUGCCAUCCCAGGAGAGCAGACAGGCAGACAGGCAAACCCUCUUCAUCUGAAGUGCAUUUCUUUUUCAGGAAAAAAAACAAAAAAAAACCAAAAAAAACAGAACAAAAACAAAUGUCAUGAAUUACAUCAACGGCUGCAAAUCGAAAUGUUGGGUUGGUAAUAAAAUUAAAUAAAACUUAUACCUAUAUCUAUAUAAACAGUUCUAUCUAUAAACACAUUUCUUAACUGAGAGACCUGGAAGACGUUGUUAAAAAAAAACUUGCUUUUUUAAAAGUGUUUCCAAGAGGAAGAUAAUUUCUUCUAUCAAGAAACAGGUGCUGUACAGGGAAAUCCGUGACUUCGCUAGCAUCAGCCAAACCCAGGCAGUCAGCACAGCACGGACACAGGGGGCUGUCAGCAUACUGGAGUGCUUCCUGCUGACCCCGGACAGGGAGACGGUGGCUGCAGGUGAGGGCAAAGCAGCAGGAACUGGGCUGUUAUGGAUGGAACACGUGUAUCAUUAUAGCAGGUAAAGAUAUGAGCGUGACAGUGGUCCUUAAAACACAGAUGAAAUAUUUAUUUUCUUACAAAAGGUUUAUCUAGUAUCUCGCUGUAUAAAUGUGUGUAAGCAUGAGGCAGAGAAGGAGGAUCCAUCUUGCAGGAGCUUUGCAGGUGGAGUGCUCUUUGUGGAAGCCAAAAGGAAGACAGUCUGCUGCCUCUUCUCCUCCCUCUGCCAUGGCUUUUGGGGGAGGGCACAAGAAAGAUGGGGAUCCUGCCAAAUGUGUUGGGUCUCUCUGGUCUCUGGCCAUGCCACCACCCACUGAGCAGCUCCUGCCGGCGUUGGGCACCACCUCUGCUGCCACCCAGGCUGGGAUCCCAGAGCACAGAUGUGUGACGUGGAAGGAAAAAUGAAAGAAGGCCCCCCAAAUGAUGUCUGGAUGUGCGUGUGUCGGGGUGUUUAAGGUGCAAGGGGAUUAUGUUAUCAUUGCAGUUUUUAAUUUGGACACGUCGAGUCCAUUGAGUUCUUGUUUUCACCAUAUCAGUUCACCCAUUCCUGGCUAAAACCCGGGCGUGACAAGCUGCAGUGCUGUUAUUCUGUUGCUUGUGCUGUAUCGGUCAUGUGCUUUUCAUCUGCAGCUUUCUUAGGCUCAUUCUGUGGGAGGGGGUGCAGGGGGACGAGCAUCUGUGACUGCCAGUUGCAUGGUGACUUUGGUGCCCUCGAUGCACUGCGGAGAUCUGUGCCAAGCUGACAACUUCAGAGGAGUGUUUAUUUUAUUUUUCCUUUUUUACUUCAUUAAAAAAUAUGCAAGCUUAAAAAAAAAAAAAAA